AUGAUGUCAUUGUUUCUUUUUCAGUGGGCUCCAGAUCGCAAAGGUCUUUUCAGUGGAUUUAUUGUGGCUGGCUUUGGAGGAGGAUCAUUCAUUUUUAAUUACAUCCAAACAAGUUAUCUCAAUCCACAUAACAAAGUUGCCAGAGUGGAAGUAAAUGGAAACAAAUACUUUGAUCAAGAAGACAUCUUACAGCGUGUCCCUACUCUUUUUCUGAUCCUUGGAGGCACUUACUUUAUCAUGCAAUUCAUUGGAUGCAUGUUACUCUUUCAGCCACCAAGUACUACACCUAGCACUCAGGAAGAAGACUGUCGAGCCAUGAUUGAGAGUGAAGUCAACGAAGACGGCCAAGCAAAGACAGAUGUAAAUGUGAUCGCCAAAACUCCAUCAACACCAUCCACUCCAAUCCCACCUGAAAAUAUCCUUGAUCCUCCUAUUGAAGUUCAUCCAGUUCAAAUUAUCAAAACUCGCGCCUUCUGGACUCUUGCAGUCAUCUUCCUUUUCAAUGGAUUAGGAGUCAUUAUUGUUUCUGCAAUGUUUAAGGCUUAUGGCCAAACUUUCAUCAAGGACGAUUAUUUCUUGACUUUGGUUGCUUCUGUUUCGGCACUGUUCAAUGCAUCUGGGCGGUUAUUAUGGGGUUACAUUGGGGACAAAUACUCAUUCAAGCUUGGGAUGUCAUUAUUAUCUGGUUUGUUCUGCAUCCUUGUAUUAUUGUUGACGGUUACAAGUAUAGCUGGGAAAUACUUUUUCCUUAUUUGGAUCUGUCUCAUCUUCCUCACCUUCUCUGGCAACUACUCCCUCUUCCCCUAUGCCAUUGCUCAAACAUUUGGUCUUCGGUAUUACAGCAUCAACUAUGGACUCUUGUUCACUACACAGGCUGUGUCUGGCUUAGUUGGCGCAAUUAUAACAACUUUGUUGUAUGAUACAAUGGGAUGGUCUGGACUGUUUUUCUUAGUUUCUGGAAUGACAUUCAUUAGCAUGUUGUUGGCCUUUUCCUUUAAUGCCAAGAAACCUGAUGGCAGUGACAUAUGA